AUGGAUAGAGAGAAGUUUCGGCAGAAGGCUCUGAAGCAAACUAAGCAGAAGAAAUCCAAGUCGGCUGAAUUUCUGAUGGUUAAAGAAGAUAGAGAGGCUACGGAAGGCAUUGGGAACCCAGCUUUUAACGUGAGCAGCCCGGAUCUCUUAGCACAUCAGACUUCAGACAGGAAAGUUAUUAGACGUGACACGCUGGAUCCUACCCUUGCAGCUCACCAACAAAAAUUCAGGCUGCUGGCCUCUGCUGAACCAAAAGGAAAUGAAUACAGCAGAAAUUACUUUGACCCACUGAUGGAUGAGGAAAUAAACCCAAGGCAGUGUGGGAUGGAGGUCAGCAGAGAGGACGAUACAGAAUCCACGGAUAUCAUCAAAAGAGACAUGUACAAGAGAAGGCGAGGACUUACUCUCAGGAUAGUUUUUAGCAGUAGCCCAAAGCAAGCACCCCUGCAAGUUGAUACUAGAAUUCUCAAUGAUCGAUUAAUGAAGCUGUUUGAGGAGAGAGGACAAGGAGAAGCCCAAGAGAAAGUCAAGUUUCGUGUGAUCCUUUUGGGGCGAAUAGAUGGGAGCCACCAGGAGGAGAUUUUGGAUUCUGAAGAGACAGUGAAUUCCAGAAAGAGACCGGAAUCCCACAAAGAGGGCAGCGAGGCAUCUGAAGGAUAUGUUCAGAAAAAUACAAUUCUGCUUGGAAGUUCUUCUUUGGAACAGGCAAACCUUUUCAUUAUCCCCAUUGUCAAUUUCUCUUCCUUUUAUCUCUCCUCCUCUUGUACCCGCUGCAGAGUGCCAAGUCAACCAUUAAUUGCACAUCGAGAUGUCUGGAAAGAAAACAGACCGGCCGAGCUCUGUACUCUCACAGACGUAACUCACGAAUCAAAGGCAGCAGCAGCAGGACCUUGCUGGAAGGUUGAGCGCGGCCAGGCGCCUCAGCAUCUUCAAGUACGGAUGAAAUGUGCAAGAGGCCUCAAGAACAAGGCUCCCCGAGGCUCCUACCGCCUCAGGGUGUCCCUGCUUGGUCGACCAGGUGGCUGUGUCUUCCAGUGGCAGCAAACGGAGCAGCUGAAGACCGGAACACACCCAGUGAGGCAUGAUGGAAAUUUUUAUGAUCUGGGGCUCUAUUUCCACGAAAGCCUUUAUGUGGCACUCCCUCCGAAGAAAGAUGUGAAACCUGGCAUGGCGUUCUUGUUUGAACUCUGUCUCCUUCGUGGGAAAUAUGCUUCUUUUGACUGGGUUGUGGGCUGGGCAGCCUUCCCUGUGUGUGAUAACAACUUUGAUGUAGUGGACGGGAAAUUCAAGUGUCCCCUUCUCCGAGGUCAUUAUGACCAGAAAUUCGACAGCUUCAGGAAAAUGGAAGAUUUGAUGUGCCAGGACUUGGACCACUGGCUGUGCAAUCUCUACUUUCAGGUUAUUAAACUUCCUCUGUGUUUGGAUGAUCAAACAACCUAUGAAAGGCAGACUCAGCUUCCUCCCGAAUUUCCAGUUUCUUUAAUGGCUGGAGCAGAGACAGCAGAAUCAGGCGUGGAGAAUACGGUUGGCCUUUCAGAGAAACAAACAGAAGAAAACAUUUGUUCAUCCCUGGAUGGGGCGCUUCAUGCAUCCCAAGGAAGCAUUUCUAAUAAAUUUGGUCCCUGCCCUAUGGACUGUGAUCUCAAUCUCUUAAAAGAAGACCGUGAAUUACACAAGAAGAGAGAAAGCCUGAUAAAUCACUCAGUGAAGGAAAAAUCAGCUGCUUGGAGAACUGGAGAACUUGAGGAUUAUUCAGAGGAUGUAUCUUACUUGGAGGAACUGGAGAAACACAGAUUUUCAGUUUGGUGUUCCUCGGUUGCUGAUGGUACUGGAUCUAGAGAAUUCUUCAAGCACCUUCAUUUCGGGAUGGUGUCGGCGUUCUCGGAACUUCAACUCGCUGAGUGGCGAAGCCAGGGCUUCUGGUACAUCAUCCUACUGAUGGCAUCUCUCUGGUUCCUGAGGCUCUACCUCCAUUACCUUAGCCAGUGGCUUUUCCUCCAGGCCAUUUCAAUUCCUGUUACAAAAUUCCAUUUUUCCCCUUUCACGGUUGAGCUUUGCUACCCAUCUUCCUCACUUGCCAUCAAAGAAGAGUUGCUCGUAGUUGUGGUGGGUCCUUUAAUGCUGAAUGCAGUGAUACUUCCUUUGGUUCUGAUCAGAUGGGGCUGUCAGCUACUGUUUGCCUCCUGCCCUGAUGUCUUGUCAAAAUUAAUCAUUACCAUGGGACUAUGGACAGUUCUAGACCCAUUGGCCGUGUUUAUAGUGGAUACUGUCCUCGGGCGGCUUACACAGAAUGGGGAGACUCCCGUAGCUGACGCAGCAAAGCUGUACUGGGUGUUUGUAAGAACCAUGCAGUCGGGAAUUCUCGGUGUCAUGCUCACAGUGCUAAUUUACAUCCUCCUGUUCAUCAUUUCUUCUUUGAUUUUAUAUUUGUACUGUCUCAGAUUGCACAGUGAUUCUUGGAUAUUGGAUGUAUUUCAACGCAUCCAUAGUGAAGAAACCAAGUUUUUCAUACCGUAUGAUUUGGAGAUUUCCAAUCAGGAGCUCAGUUACAUAGUGAAAAGGUCUGAGCAGUGGAGAGGAAUCAACGGUGACAGAAGGAAGUCACGCAGAAAACCCCGACGAUUUUACCAUAAAAAUAGUAAUCUUCAGACACGGACGGUGGUCGAUCGUGUCCCACCUUGGUGUCGUUUCCCUUUAGGGAUUCCUUCAGUAGCACUGCUGCUCCUGAUGGCUGAAGCAGACUUGUCUUCCUCCCGUUCUCAAACUCCAAUAGAAGGGUGGACAAGCUUUCCCCGCCUUGGGUAUUUCAACGUAGCUCCAGUAGGACUUACAAAAGAACUGGCUAAAUACCAGGAACGACAGGGACACAAGAUGGAAAUGAUAAAAAGCUAUGGGAGCUCCAGCUUCCUCAGCGUAUGUGAUGGAGAUCACAUUCCAGCUGUUCGAUUUGGAAGCCGUUGUCCCAGAGUCAUCAAGUUCUGGUGGAAAUAA